AGAAUUGUGUCUAGUCGGGUGAGAGAGGGCUAUAGUUAGAAGUCCCAGGUCGCAGUGUUUUUUGCUGGACGGAUUUGUGUAUCUGGGGUUCAGUGACUCUGUUUUUGAUAAUUCCGGAGAUCCUAAAUCUUGUUAGGGCCUUAGAUGUUGAUGGCUUGUGAGAUAUAGAGUUGUACAUCAUUUUUUACGAGAUCUGAGGGCACAACUUGUUGGACGUAUACACUAUGUGGACAUUACCAGGCCAUUUAUUUACCGUUAUGUUCAUACAAGUAAUAAAAUGAUGUGGUCUAGAUAAUGCAAAUUGUGGACAAGAUGGAAUCUAACAGUGAAAGUAACAAGGAGGAAAAAACUGUUGACAAGGAAAAAUUAGCCAAUGAUGUUGACGUUAAUGAAAAUUUAUCCAAACAUUGUAAUGGAAAUACCAUGUCAUUUGUCAAUAGAAACAUAUCAGAAAGUGAAAAUCCAAAACUAUGUGAUGAUUCUCACUUGAGCCACGAAAACAGUGAAGUGGAGCUCUGUCUGACAGAAGAAAACUGUGAACUUCAUAUCUCUGAAGACUCGGAUAUUGAAUGUGAAAACCAAGAAAGAAGCAAAGAUUCUGGAAUAAAUAAAAGUGAAAACAAAGAGAACAAAGGCAGCUGUGAUCAAAGAGAUAUCCAUAGUGAAGAGAUCAAAGAAAAAGAUACAAUGAACAACAAAAACCAGACAACAGACUCUCCAGGGACAACAACUGGUGUAAAGAAGGACAACAGUGAAAGCGACAAUGAACAUCCAUCUCAAUUUAAAUGUGAAGAAACCGACACCUGCUUAGAGAAGGCAGAGAAAGACAUUGAAGAACUUAAUGAAGAAAGUGCAAACAAAACUGGUGAUCUGGAAACCCCAAGUGAAAAUGGUAAAUGUCAAGUCGAUGUUAAAACCUUACAAGAGGAGGAGGAAGACAGUGAUGUGACUUUAAACAGGAAUGAACUGACAGACGAAUGCAAACAAAACGUAGACAUGGAAACCACAAAAGACAGCAGCUAUAGCUCAGAAGAGACAGGAAGAGCCGCAGACUCCAUAGACAGUGAAGGUAGGAAUGGGUGUUUACAACAGAAUAGUGAUGUAGACACAACAGAAAUGUUAGAUGAUAUUACAGAUGAAAAAUGUGAAGACAAACUCGUCAGUGAUUCAGUGAAGGAUGAAGGAGAGAGUGAUUUAAGUUUGGCUGCAACAGAGAGUGGUGGCCCUGAUGAAAAUGAAAAUGAUAAGCCAGAAAAUGAAGAAAUAGAACAGACAGAAAUAUCCAAAGAUUCUGAAACUGAAAUAAACUCGGAAAAUGAUGAAAGUGAUGUCAAACAAUCAGACAUGAAGGAGAAUGGUGUGAAUGGUUCUGGUAUUGACAGUUCUGAAAUAGAGGAGCCAUCUGCAACAGCCGGUGAAAUCUCAGACUCUCUAGACAGCAGUAUGUACCAGCCAUCAUCCCCAGACUCUGACAACAAUAAAGACAUAAACAAUGACACUGAAAGUACACAAGGCUUACAGGGAUCAAUAACAGAAUCUAAAAAGGAAACUGAAAUUGAAGAAAACAUGAUAUUGGAAUCUGAAAAUAAAAGGGAUAUCAGCAGAGAGAUGGAGGAGGGGGACCACACUGUAGAAUGUAACCAGGUAAACACAGGUGAUGAUCAGGGGCCGGGAGACCAAGGAGAUAAAGGCGCGUGUGAUGAAAAUGUCCAAACAGAGACUCCGGCUGAGAAUAAACCAGAGACAAAUACUGAUCUAGAGAGUCUAAAAGAGUGUGACAAAACAGAAAACAUAUCAGAGAGUGCUGCUGGCAGUGAUAUUCAGCUAUUAGAAGAAACCAUCACUAAGGUAGCAGAAGAUAAUGCUGAAACUGAGAGCAAGGAAAAUACAGAAAUAGACAAAAAAUCAAAUGACAAUGAUCAGUCUGUACAAACUGUAGACAAAGUGAUGGAGGCUGCGUCGACACAAACCAUCCCAAAGGAAUCGCAAGACCAGAGCAGUGAAACCAAUACCCAGAGUGUAGGAUCAGUACACACUCAGACUGCAGACAACAGGGUGGAGCGUGAACACAAGGAAACAGAUACAGACAGCUUAGAGAACAAGACCGAGGUCUGUGAUAAAGAGACAUCUGUCUCGCACCCAGAGAGAACUGAGAGUUCAGUCCAGACCGUGUCAGAAAGCCAGUCAAGUUCAGUCCAGACCUCGUUAGAAAGCCCAACAGUCAACAAAGCUGGAGAUUCUCCAAACCAGGAAGAAGUCCUGCAGGAGGCUAAUCAACCAACAGAGCCCACAAAUCUAGAGCAGUUUAGUCAAACUGAGCCACAGGAAUCCACCUCUCUAAUGACCCAGACAGAGGAGACUAAUAAACCGAUAGGACCCACAAAUCUAGAGCAGUCCAGUCAGACUGAGCCAAAGGAAACCGCCUCUCUAAUGACCCAGACUGAGGAGGCUAAUAAACCGAUAGAACCCACAAAUCUAGAGCAGUUUAGUCAAACUGAGCCACAGGAAUCCAUCUCUCUAAUGACCCAGACAGAGGAGACUAAUAAACCGAUAGAACCCACACAUCUAGAGGAAUCCUGUCAAACUGACCCAAAGGAAUCCAUCUCUCUAACAACCCAGACAGAGGAGGCUAUUCACCCAACAGAGUCCAUAACUGUGGAGCAGGCCCUCCAGACUGAUCCACAAGAGUCCAUCUCUAUGACAACCCAAACAGAGGGUCUAAGCACAGAGAAGGAGAAAGCACUUGAAGAAGAAACGGGCAUGCUGAAAGACCAACUUAGUGAGGCCAAGAAGAUGAUCCAGAGUCUGCAGGCAGAACUGGUGAACGUGAAGGCCCACAGUAACUACACAGUGACCACACUGCAGUGUCAGCUAAAGAAGAGCCACGAGGCCCAGCGAGCCCAGCGGUGUCAGUCAGACAGACAGAUGGGCGAGGUGCUUGCACACCUACUCUUUCUGGAAGGACAAUUAAAGAAAGAUAAAACUCACAUCAAACAUCUUAUUAAACAAAAAGACGACAUCAUUCAAAAACAGACUCUUGAAAUUGAGGAUUUAAAAAAUACAAACCAGAGGCUGAUAGAGGCAGUGAGAGAACAUUAUUCUCGGAAAGGGAAAAACGGACUGUCAAAGGAGCACCAGGACAACAUACAGGGGGCCGACGCAGAGGUGCCCGGUAGUCCGAAAGUGAAAGAAAAAGUAAAAAACAAGGGUGCAUUUGGUUCAAUGAAAGAUAUUUUGUGGAAACAUCGAAGUAGCCUGGAUCUCUCAGAGGCUGGCAUGGAAAUUCAGGGAAAUCUGAAGAAAGGUCGACAGUACAGCAGUCAGGAAAAUCUGUUUUCACUGGGUAGAAAGAACAAAGAGGCGAGAGAAAAUAGGGACAAAAAGUGUAAAAGUAUCGCGGGUUAUCCUGAUCAUUCCUUAGACUACCUUAUUCCAGAGGAGUCAGAACUGAGAGAUAUUUCAUUACAUGGAAGUAAUUCCUCAAUAACAAAGAAUCAGAGAAGUGGUCGUAACGUAAGCUGGGGAAGUGAUAAUUGUGAUGUGAAUAUUUCUUAUGACGACAGUGGCCAUCUGAUGGCAAUAUCACCAAGUCAAAUGAUGUCAGCAGGUUCUAUGCCAGCUCUGAAUAAAAAUUCUAACUUGGAAUUAGUGACUAAAGAUCGCCCUCACUCGAUAUCGAGCAUCGAGAGCUUGUCACGGGAAAACUGUUCCUCGGUUCCGAGUACUCCAAAAAUGGAGGAGAAAGUUCCUCACACAGUGUCGCAGGAGUCCUCUAAUCCAUUCAAAAACCUCAAAACCAUCCUCAAAAGGAAGGGAAGUAAAAACAAAAACAAGAAACGCACCGUUUCCUUGUCUCAGAACCCCAAACCUGAGUAUGAGGAAGCCAUGAGAAAACACUUUGAGAAGUAUGAAAUGUCGUGAUUCGGUGAAAGGGUACUUCCACAGGAUUAUUGUAUUACUGUCUUGUUCUCACUUCUGAAAUUUAGUCUAGUCUACCAGAGGAAGUUCCAAAUAUUAAACCUUGCAUUAAAUUUUAAAAAUUUCUGGAAUACCUAGUUUUAAAAAUAUCAUGUCUUGUGCACAUACAUUGCAUGUAUUCGUUUCCAAAAUAAAUUAAAAGGGAAAUGAUCUCAAAAUUUCCUAUUAGAAAAGUGAAGCAUUAGCAUUCAUAGGGUCUAAAAUAGUACUGUUGAUAUGUUUUUUUAAUAGAUAUUUAUAGUAUUAUAUGAAAUCAGAUCAAAGUAUUGAGUUCUCCACAAUUACGGUUUCCUCAUGAACUCUCCAAGUACUCUAUAUAAAGGUUUCUGUGUCCAAUGCAUAUAUUUUUACAACAAUACACAGAUGUACAAUUUAUCUUUAUUGUAUGAAUCAUAUAUUGUUGACUACUGGUACAGUGGUAUACUGAUAACAAACUUAAUAUUUUGCUCCUAACUUUUGUUGCCUGACUUUUUGUUUACCUUCAAUUUUCUUUUCUCGUUAAAGGUGUUGAGUGUAAUGUACAUUAGUCACCUCCGUAUUAAGGGAUGAUUUAGUUCAUUUGAUAUGAUAUUAAAUACAGGCCUAGCACAAAGCUGUUUAUGUUUACACUGUAUACAGAAAUUUAUGUAUGGUUAUGAACUUUUAAUGUUGUGAAUUUAAUUUCAGUUAAAAAUUUAAAGCCAGAAAGCCCUUUUAAACUCCUUCAACCUGUUAAUCCUACCUACACAUUUACCUGUACAUCUGACAUUUUAAAUAAAGGGUUCUAUCUUUCGUGUUGACAGUUUAAACCACUUUAAACUUCUUACAAAUGCUAACUGUGUACUUUGUACUUUUUCCUGAUAUUGCUACAAUAUAAAAUGUCUUGGUUCUAUAUUAUUAAUGUACUUUUAAAAAAUAUUAUUGACUAACCAAACAGUUUCCAAAAGUUUAUUUUUGUCUGAAAAUGAACUGUACAAUAAAAGCUCUGUAGUACUGGAACUUCCCUGUAACAAAUAUAAGGAAACCCGUGAAAAAAAUAAUUUCCUGUCCAUUUACUGUGAUAUUUUCCUGUGUUACCCAAUUAGACUGUGCCCCAGUAAACCUAGCUGACAAACAUAUCACUACUCUGUUUAUCUGUCAUUAAAACUGAAUCUCAAAGCUACUGUUACCUUCAGAUAAACACACCUGUACGUAAAUUUUUUCUUUGCAAAUUAAUGCAUUUAAUAAGUUCAAUGUAAAAAAAAAUUAAUGAAACUUGUGUCAGGAAAAAAGAAAUACAAGGUUGUUUGAGUAUAUAUGUCCAUUCUGUUCAGUGCAUGCUUUAAUUAAUUAAUUAAUUAAGACACCAUAUACUUUCAGAAAUAUAUCCCAAGAUAAAGAUGUAAUUCUGGUGAAGGUAUGUCUGUGUUUAUAAGUUGUGACCUCUGAACCAGUAACAAUAGGUGCUAGUGCGGUGAAAAAUGUCAUACUAUUCUGUUGAUUGUUUUUCAUGCCUGUUUUGUUUUUUCUCUGUUAUUGAGCUUAUUAGUGCCUGCACAUAAUUUUGCUGUGAAUUAUUUUUUGUACAGUUACAUGCAUAAUGAACUCAUACAUAAACCAGAUUCUCUCUUGA